UCUCUACCCUUAUUCUUAACAUGACAGACCAUAAUACUGAGCCCGAAACCCCCGAGAUUGUGGGCGCGGACCAGGGCGGCAACCUGAGCGAGUAUGCAGACCUCGAAGAGCUCACCCAAGAGCUGUCCGCGAGUGACUCGGAGGUCCAAAAAGCGCUUGAGGUAGUAUUUCAAGCCUCCGACGCGCAUCGCCGAAAGUCCUCCCUUGUGCCCACAGAGGCGCAACGACCUGCAAACCUACGACGGCGUACGCAAUGCUUCGUACAUCAGUUAUUAAAGAACCAAGAGGGUCUGCAUGUCGGCAGCCCCAAUGGCAGCUAUGUCGGGCUCGCGCAGGAAAUGAAGAUGGACAAAGACCCAACUCCGUGGCAUGAGGGCCGACACGACUCCCGGCUUCUCACAAAGAAGCAGAUAUCCGACAUGGCGUUUGGGAUAAGGGAACUGGCGAAGAAGCUUUCGCAUAUACAGUUGAAGAUGAAUGUGCAGAAUGUCUUCAUUUUGGCCAAAGCGCAUGACGAGACGCUGAUACAUAAUACGCGGGAGGUGGCAGAAUGGUUGCUGACGAAAGAUGGUAGCUACAAGGUAUAUGUCGAAAAAACCCUAGAACACAACACUAUAUUCGAUGCAGAAGGGCUGCUUGGUUCACACCCUGCCUUUAAAGGUCGGCUAAAGUUCUGGACGAACAAGUUGUGCGCCGAAAAGCCUCAGACCUUCGACAUAGUCCUCGCUCUUGGAGGAGACGGCACCGUUCUAUACGCCAGCUGGUUAUUCCAACGAGUCGUACCACCCGUACUUGCCUUCUCCCUCGGUUCUUUGGGGUUUCUGACCAAGUUCGACUAUGAAGGGUAUCCCCAAACGCUCACCAAGUCUUUCAUGGACGGCAUCACUGUCAGCCUCCGACUAAGGUUUGAAGCUACAGUAAUGCGAUCACAAAGGGGGCAAAAUGGCAAUGCCGAACGAGACUUAGUCGAGGAGCUCAUUGGAGAAGAAAGCGAAGACAACCACACCCACAAGCCUGACGGCACUCAUAACAUCCUUAAUGAGGUUGUGGUAGAUCGAGGACCAAAUCCAACGAUGUCUACUAUUGAGCUUUUCGGCGACGACGAACACUACACCAGUGUGCAAGCGGAUGGUAUGUGCAUAUCUACUCCAACAGGCUCCACAGCGUACAACCUCGCGGCUGGUGGGUCGCUAUGCCAUCCCGACAAUCCCGUCAUCCUAGUCACAGCGAUAUGUGCCCAUACCCUCUCAUUCCGACCCAUCAUUCUCCCGGACACCAUAGUACUGCGAACGGGCGUGCCGUACGACGCUCGGACGAGCUCGUGGGCUAGCUUUGAUGGGAGAGAGCGUGUUGAACUCCGACCUGGUGACUAUGUGACGAUAUCAGCGUCCCGCUUCCCAUUCCCUAGCGUGCUUCCUAUAGAGCGGCGGAACAAGGAUUGGAUGGAUAGCAUUUCGAGAACCCUGAAUUGGAAUUCGAGACAGCGGCAGAAGAGCUACAAGGAGUGGAGUUGAGUUUUCUGGGCCGCGUGGGGUUUUAAACGUUUGGUUCGAAGAUACAUCAAGGGGUUGGAUUGGGCUUGAUUGAAUACCAUAGACACAGUCUGAUGUCCAAUUCUGUCUACCCUAAGAGUGUCACCAUUUGAAGUCCUCCAACC